AAUAUGUUUUCAUUUUCUUCGAGUUUAUAUUUCUCAUCUUUCACAUUUUCUGAUUUUCCAAAGAAAAAUAUAAAGCCAGGAAAUAAAUGGCCCAUGGGCUCAGAAUAUAUCCAGUAAGUAAAUACUCGUGAAGGAGAAUGAAGGAAUCGCAAGGUUAGACUCGGCUUCUCCGACUACCCAAGCUUUCCCAGGACCAAAGAUAACCAAACCCUAGCUUGCGAGAGAAGAAGAGAUCGAUCGAUGAUCGAGAGUGCGAGAUUUGUUGUGGAAUUAGAUGCAUGAGGUCGGAUUACCGGUGGAUCUGAAUCUCUUCACGCAGCUCGUAUUGACGCUGUUUUUCAUCUCCAUCGGUGUCGUGUACUUGAUCAGAACGUCGGCGGCGAAGUACUUCGAGGUCGACGGAGGCGGAGGCUCCGGUGGUUUUGGUCGGGACUACCGCCGGGAAUUCAUGGCGUCGGACGCAGCGGAAUGCGCUGUCUGCGGGGAAGUCUCCAGCAAAAAGUGCUCUCGCUGCAAAUCCGUCCGAUAUUGCUCAGCAGAAUGCCAAAGAUCAGACUGGAAUUCUGGUCAUAAAAGAAAAUGCAAGGAUAUUGGGAGUAUUAAUCUAACACCAACCAAAAGUAGUGGCUUCGGGUUCAGAGCUUCUCCUUCAGGGAAUAGUUCUACUUCAAAGAUUGCAUUGGUUCCUGGGCAGGGCCAGAACAAGACUAACCAAAAGCUUAGAGAAAUUCUUUUCCCAUACGAUGAAUUUGUUAAAUAUUUCAACUGGGACAUGCCUGGGUUGGUUCCAUGUGGACUCAUCAAUUGUGGAAACAGUUGUUUUGCAAAUGUGGUUCUACAAUGCCUAUCCUGGACUCGUCCCCUUGUAGCAUACCUGCUGGAGAAAGGGCACAAGAGAGAAUGUAGGCGCAAUGAUUGGUGUUUCUUCUGUGAAUUUCAAACUCAUGUUGAGAGAGCAAGCCAAAGUCGGCUUCCUUUUUCACCAAUGAACAUUAUAUCGAGGUUGCCUAAUAUUGGUGGAAAUCUUGGGUAUGGAAGACAGGAGGAUGCUCAUGAGUUCAUGAGGUUUGUCAUUGAUACGAUGCAAUCUGUUUGCCUCGAUGAAUUCGGUGGAGAAAAGUUGGUGCCUCCUAGAUGCCAAGAAACAACCCUUAUUCAAUAUAUAUUUGGUGGUCAUCUUCAAUCACAGGUGAUGUGUACAGUUUGCGAUAAUGUUUCUAACCAAUACGAGAAUAUGAUGGAUUUAACGGUUGAGAUCCAUGGGGAUGCGAUGUCAUUGAGGGAAUGCCUUGAUCAGUUCACAGCCAAAGAGUGGCUUCAUGGAGACAACAUGUACAAGUGUGAUAGAUGCAAUGACUAUGUGAAGGCAUGGAAGCGUCUUACGAUCCGCCGGGCACCAAAUAUUCUUACAAUUGCUUUGAAAAGGUUCCAGGGAGGGAGAUUCGGAAAACUGAACAAAAAAAUUAGUUUUCCUGAGACAUUGGAUCUCAGUCCUUACAGUAGUGGUGGGGGAGACAGUACAGAUGUGUACAUGCUCUAUGCAGUGAUUGUUCAUUUAGAUAUGCUGAAUGCAUCAUUUUUCGGCCAUUACAUUUGCUACAUAAAGGAUUUUCGUGGAAACUGGUAUAGAAUAGAUGAUUCCGAGGUAGAAAAUGUCGAAUUGGAAGAUGUGCUUUCUCAACGAGCUUAUAUGCUCCUGUACAGCAGGGUCCAAGCCCGGCCCGACGAUGAGAAGAGGGCCGAGAGAAUGGAAUCAGAAUCUUCUGAACAAGUCUCAGUUGAGAGUCCUACCAAGGGAAUAGGUGAGACCAUGCUCCCGCUGUGUAAUGGAACUAUUUCACAUGCAGCAGAAGAAUUUGGGUGCGAAAAAGAAUCGCCAUAUGGAAUUAACCCCGAGAAUACGAAGGAACUCAAUGCAAGUGAUUCUGAUUCAAACCCUUCUAUCGAGAUUGAAGACGAUUUAGCGAGGGAGCAUCAGGAAGAUGGUAAUGGUGAGGAAGAACCUCCGGUGAAAAUUAUCGCAGUAGGUUCUUCUUCUCCUCCUUCACGGGUGGAAGAUACGGAUACAGAGAUGGUUGAUGCGUAGAGUGAUGGGUGAUGCAGCAAUUCUUUUUUUUCUUUCUUUUUUUUUUGCCUUGAAGAGCAUAAGAGUUUCUAACAGAGAUUGGGAAUUUCAUAAUCUGACACGUGAUUAGGGUUCUUCUUGGGCGGUGAACCGGACAGAAGCUCAAGUGGGGAUUUCAUUUCAUGUUUGAAGAAAUCUAAGGGUUCUUAAACAGAUUUCUCUCCUUUGGUCAGAAUUUCUACUUCUGUAUGGCAAAACGCCCAGAUGUCAAAACCCAGUCAUAAGUAGCGGGUAUGUUUCUCCAGAAUCACACUGAAUUCCAUUCAUAGUUUUUGCUUCUCUUCUACUUGUAGGUUUGCUAUAUCCAUUCGUGAGCAUUGAUUGCUUCACGAAACAUUUUCAUAUUUAUGUUUACGAGUGAGAUGUUAGAGCUGUGUAGGAAUCGAAAUAUUUAGUAUUUGGUUGACCUGUAUCGGGUAUAUGAUAUUUUGAGUA